AUGACAUUAGUAUAUGAAAAAUCAUCAUUUGUAUUAAUAAUGGCGCAGAUAGCGGAGGCACAAAAUAUUAUGACUAGAUCAACUAGUAGCAAUGAUUUAUUAUCAACAUCAGCUGGUUCACCACCAUCACCAACUUCAGCAGCAAUAUUAUUAUCUUCAUCACCAUCACCAACAAUAACAAUAGCAUCAUUACCAUCAGGUUUAAAUAUAGUUUCAAAUCCAAAUGGUAAUCCAGCAAUCAAUGUUGUACUAUUGAAUGUUAAUUUGAAUAAAGAGGAGGAGAAGAUGACAUUAGGGCAAUUACUUGCAUGUUUUCCAGAGGUACCUUCAAAUAUACCCAUUCAAUUAAACCCAAAUCAACAUAAACUUAGACGCGAUACAAUAGUUUCUCAACCAGUUAUAACCUCAAAACAAUCCUCUCUAUUUGAAACAUCAAAACAAUCCAAUAUUCCAUUAUCAGCCUCUGUUACAAAUUUACAAACUUUAAAUAAGGAGAAAGAAAAUUAUAAUCUAUUAAAUAGUAGUACCAAUAGUUUACAUUCUUUAAUAAUAACUCCACCAACUAGUAAUAAUACAAGUUCAAAUAAUUUUGUUGGUGGAAAUAUAAUUAAUAGUAGUUCAGAGGAUUCAAUUUUACCACCACCGCAUAUAAUAACAACCACCACCACCACCACUACCUCAUUACCACCAAGAUCACCAAUGCCAUUACCAUCAUCAAAUUGCAUUAAUAUACCAAAUAAUAUCAAUAUACCUGAUAAUAUAAGUGAAUCUUCAACAUGUUCAUUAAGUAGUAAUGCCUCAAAUAAUUAUCCACAAUCACCACCAAAAUAUAAUAAUUUUGAAAUCAAUCAAAAUAAUAACAAUAGUAUAUCUUUAUCAAAGAGUCAAAGUUUAGAUAAUAUAUUAACUAAUAGUAAUAAUAAUAAUAACAAUGAAAUUACAAUUUCAAGUAAUAUACCAAUACCAUUACCACCACAAUCAUCAUCACCGCCACCAACCAGAAAUAAUCAAUCGUCACCAUCACCGUCAUCACCACAACAACAAAAUAUAAUGCCAACUCCACCAUCAACAUCAUUAACACCACCACAAUCUCCAACUUUAUCACCAUCAUCAUCAACUCAUUCAACACCAACACAAACAACAACAACAAUUAAAUUACCACCAUCAUCACCACCUUCAACAAUUUCACAAAAUAAUGCAAGAAAAACUCAAAUACCUACAACUACCACCACUACUACCACCACAACCACCACCACCAGUACUACAUCCACCACAUCACCAAACCCUGUUGUAAAUAAUAAAAAUUUAAAUACUCCUUCAAGUUCUUUUUCACCAACAAAACGUUUAACUAUUGCAUUUGGUAGUUUAACUAGAAGUAGUAAUACACCACCACCUGAAUCUUCAAUUGUACCAAUUAGAUGGGAAAUUAAUUUAAAUCAAAUUAAAAUAGCAUCAACAUCAACAUCAAAUACAAAUACUGUAUCAUCACAAAAUUUAAUAAAUUCAUCCAAUACAAAUAAUAAUAAUAAUAAUAAUAAUAAUAAUAAUAAUAAUAAUAAUAAUAAUAAUAAUAAUAAUAAUAAUAAUAAUAAUAAUAAUAAUAGCGGAAAUAAUAAUAAUAAUAAUAAUAAUAACAAUAAUAAUAAUAAUCAAUUAUAUGAACAAUAUUAUAAAUUAUGUAAAGGUGAAUUUCAACAAAAUACAUCAUUGUACAAUAAAACUUUUAAUCAACUUUUAGAUGUUGAUAUUAAUACAAGUUUAUCAUUAUUGGAUAAAUGUUAUGAUUCAAUAUUAAAGAGUAAUGGUAUUGGAUUAUUAUCAUCAAAGGAUCAAUAUUUAUCAACACAAUCAAAAGAGAAAGAUCCAAAUCGUGUUAAAUCACUUUUAUCAGUUGUAAAGAAUGCAGUUUCCGAAGAUAUAUUAAAUGUUAAACCAUCAAAAACCAUGCUUUAUUUUAGUAACUUUGGAAAGACCAUUCCAAUUAAUCUAGAGGUUAUCGAUGAAUGUAUCCUAAACAAUUUCUCAAGUAAAAAAGUGAAAUUCAAAGUAUUAAUGGGUCCACCAUCUAAAACUCAUACUAUAAACGUCUCGGAGAAGGAGGGUUUCAUUGGGAAGAAGUCAUCGAUAACUCUAAACUUUUCAUUGAUAUUGAAAUCAAGUAUAAAAUUAAGACGUGUCGUUAUCAUUGAAAUCGAAGGUGGUGUAAGAUACUUUAUAUUGGUGCAAGUGGAAAGCAAUAAAACAGCAUUCGGUCAACCAAUUGAGGAUUCAGAGUUGGUCGAGGAUAAUACCUCAUUCGGCCCAAUGUUAGUUCCAAGGGCUUUGGUCAUUUUGAAGCAAGCUUUCUUUGGCUGUAAUGCUCAUCUCACCGAAUCAAUCUUUCGUUUACCACCUGCCAAUGAUUCAGAAUAUAAUAUAGUAAAAGAUAGAGUCAAUAGAGAAGCAAUCGGUACAACUGAACCUCAUUGUAUAGCCACUUUAAUUAAAGUUUUCUUUAGAGAAUUACCAAAUCUACUAUUGAAUGAUAUCGAUCCAGAAAUAUUUUUAAAUUUUAAACCAACCGCUCAAUCUGCUGAUACCGCUUCUUCAGCUGCCACUGCAAACAGUAGUAGUAGUGGUAGUGGCAAUGGUAAUUCAUCUCCCAAUAAUGAUGAUCCUACAAUGGAUCCGGUUUUCAUUGUAAAUUUAAUCGAAGAGAAAAGGAGAUCCACAUUUUUAUGGUUGGUUGACCUUUUGGCAGAAGUUACAAAAUUUGAAUCUUCAAAUAAAAUGAAUAGUAAAAGUUUAUCAAUUAUAUUUUCUCCAAAUCUUUAUUUUGCUCCUUCAAUUUGUUCUGCUGAAAAUUCAUUUGCAAUCUCUGGUAAAGUUGUUAGUUUUAUUUUAGAAUUAAUUCAAUUUAAUAAAUCUUUAUAA